AUGGCACCUAGAAGAGCUCGAGGAAGACCCACUAAUAACCGAGAGAAUGCAGAAGAAGGAAACCGAAACGCAAACCAGAACCCUGAUAUAGCACAACUUCUAGAAUUGGUACGCCAACAAACAGCCACUAUUGCCCAACAACAACAACUUAUUCAACAAAUGCAACCACCACAACCACCUCCAGAAAAUGUCACCACCUUCAAAACCUUCCAAUCCGUAAAACCCCCGGAAUUCAAAGGAACCCAAGAUCCGGUUGAAGCUCAUGCUUGGUUAAAGGAGAUGGAGAAGGCUUUUGCCUUGACAAAAGUUGGAGAUAAUCAGAAGGUGGAGUAUGCUACUUAUUUUCUUAAGGGAGAAUCGAACUAUUGGUGGGAAACAGCAAAAGCUUUAGAACCCGAAGGAAUUAUUAAUUGGGACAGAUUUAAGAGAAUGUUUUUGGAUAAGUACUUUCCUCGCUAUAUGCAAACACAAAUGGAGAUGAAGUUCUUUGAAUUGAAGCAAGAUAAUAUGACGGUUGGGGAGUAUGAGAAGAAUUUCACUGAACUAUCUAGAUUUAUGGGAGAGUAUGUUGAUUCUGAAGAGAAGAGAGCGAAGAGGUUUCAACAAGGACUAAAGCCUUGGUUGAGAAGUCGAGUGGCAGCUUUUGAAUUGACUACUUAUGCUGAAGUAGUUCAAAAAGCAAUGGUAAUUGAAGGUGAGAGUGAGCAGAAUCAGAAGGAAAAGGGCAACAAAAAGAGAAGAUUUGAGUCGGGAGAAGAAGGCUCAAGUUACAAGGGCCAGAAUCAGAAAAUUAAUCAAAAGUUUAAACCUCAAAGUGGACCCGGAAACUUCAAGAAGAGAGAAUUUGGGAACAAGUCACAAGAAAACAGAUCUCAAUCGAGUGGACAGAAACCCCCGCAAGGAUCAAUUCCGGAGUGUAAGGUUUGUAAUAAGAAGCAUAUGGGGAUUUGCAACAAGGCGAAUGUAGUUUGUUACAAGUGUCACGCAAAAGGCCAUUAUGCUCAUGAAUGUAAGAAUCAGAAGGCCAACAUCACGUGCUACAAGUGUGGUAAAGUAGGACAUGUGUCGAGGGAAUGCAAACGAGCGAUUAACAAUCAAUUGCUACAAAUGACUGCUAUGCCAUAUCCGAUGAAUCAAGCAACUUCUAUGCCAGCACCAUCAUUUCCAAUGCCUUUCAAUCAACCUCAAAUGGCAUCAUCCUCAUCUCAUCCAGCUUUGACUUAUCCGGCACAAGCAAGGACUUUCAACAUGAAUGUAAAGGAUGCAAUUCAAAGUUCUGAUGUAGUUUCAGGUACGCUUUCUGUGAACACUGCUAGUGCUAAAGUAUUGAUUGACUCGGGAGCUACAAGGUCAUUUAUUUCGAAGUCUUUUGUUGAUAAGUUGAAUUGUGAAACCCAAUUGAUGCAUGAACCCCUAUCUGUUGUCUUAGCUAAUCAAGAUCGAAUAUCCGUAGAACAUGUGUGCCCCCAUUGUACAAUAGUGAUAGCCGGACACGUAUUUCCUGCGAGUCUUAUUCCUUUCCAGUUAGGCGAAUUCGACGUGAUUUUAGGGAUGGAUUGGUUGACAACCUUCAAUGCUCAAAUAGAUUGCAAGAAUAAAAGGGUAGUAUUGAGUUCACCGCAAGGCAAGAAGGUAACAUUCAAGGGUCAAAGGCAAACUCAAACAUUUCUUACUUCGAUGCAAGCAAAGAAGAUGAUUCGGAAGGGAUGCGAGGCAUAUUUGGCGUAUGUAAUUGAUAAGAGUAAAGAAGUUUCUAGCCCCGAAAACAUUCCAGUAGUGAGAGAUUUUAUAGAUGUGUUUCCCGAAGAACUUCCUGGCUUACCUCCGGACCGACUAAUCGAGUUUACAAUAGAACUUGCACCCGGCAACGAACCUGUUUCGAAGGCUCCUUAUAGAAUGGCUCUGUGA